CUAAUGCCGUAAAAUUUCAAGAGUUUGUACCCAACGAGCCGAAUCAUCGUCACUGUCAGUCCAUCACUACUUUAUGCAACUAAUAUGUUUUUCGUAGAAUCUUCCGAUUUCCAGUUCAAAUCGUCUCGGUGCAUGUCGAAGCUCUUAGCUUAGCUUAGCUUAGCUUGCUCGCAAACAGAGGAGUUUGUGAUUUUAGCGCUUUAACCCACGAAAAGUCCAAAUCCGAUUCUGGAUGUAAUUAAUGUUUCUGUCCGAUUUUCCAAUUCGAUUAUCUCAGCGUUGUGUGGAAAAAAAAUGUGUGAAAGAAGGACGACGGAGUCCGAAGAGGAUAUUUGGGGGCUAAAAGAGGAGAAGGAGCCCCGACGUCAACUUCUGCUGCCUGGCCAGCCUCAAUGCAGAUCAGAGAUCAGUGGAAACCUUUGUCCUGAGCAGGGGGGGCCAGAGCCCCCCCGCAUUAAAGAGGAGGCGGAGGAGGAGGUCAUCACCGGGUUGCCGUUCACCGGGGUCCGUCCGAAGUCUGAAGACGGUCAAAGAGAAGCGGAGCGAGGGGCGGAGCCGGCGAGUCGCGACUCGAGUCGGCACACGGCAACCGGAGGUGACGGAGAACACUGCGGAGGAUCACGAGAACCCGGACUCAUCGCUCCGUUAUCAGACAGCGACGACCUGACGUCGCACUCUUCGGACUAUGACGGCGACGAACGCUCGGAAGGUGACGCGGCGACCUGUCACGCUGACGACAAACGGUGGAAAUGCUCUCAGUGCGGGAAAACGUUCGCGUACAGCAGCCGUCUGAAACGCCACAAAAGGACGCACACGGGCGAGAAACCGUUUGCUUGCUCGGUUUGCGGUAAAACCUUUUCGCAGAAGGAACACUUGAGGAGUCACGCAAGUACUCACACGGGGGAGAAACCACUUGUGUGCUCAGUCUGCGGUCAAAGAUUCUCUCAUAAGGGAAGUCUUAUUAUACACACGAGGACCCAUACUGGACAAAAACCUUUUUCCUGCUCCGUUUGCGAUCAGAGAUUUACUCAGAAAGGAGACUUGAGAAAACACACGAGAAAACACACUGGAGAGAAACCCUUUUCCUGCUUAGUGUGCGGUCAAAGAUUCUCUGUAAAGGGAACCUUAAAAGCACACACAAGAACACAUACUGGAGAGAAACCUUUCGCCUGCCCAGUUUGCGGCCAAAGAUUUUCUCAUAAGGGAAGCAUGAACAUACAUACAAGAACACACACUGGAGAGAAACCUUUUGCCUGCUCAGUUUGCAGUCAAAGAUUCUCUCGAAGAGGAAGUUUACGAAUACACACAAGAACCCACACUGGAGAGAAACCCUUUGCCUGCUCAAUUUGCGCCCAACGAUUCUCUAAUAGAGGAAACUUAAGUAUGCACACAAGAACCCACACCGGUGAGAAACCUUUUCCCUGUUCAAUUUGCGGUCAAAGAUUCCCUCUCAAGGAAAGCUUAAAAAGACACACACGAGCGCACACUGGAGAGAAACCUUUUGCCUGCUCUAUUUGCGGCCAAAGAUUCUCCAUCAAGGGAAACUUAAAAACACACAUCAGGACUCACACAGCCAAAAGGGACGCUUAA